AUGCGGCUGAAGUCAAUACUCUACGCAAAACCUGACAAUUACUCUUAUCGUGCUCAUUCUUUUAUCAGCAUUGACUUUGGAUCAUCUGAUUCUGAACCGUACACUGAUGAAAAUUCAAUAACGUGGACCGGAGAUGAUGCCUACAUUCAGAGUGGCGAAUCUCAGUUUUUGAAGUACAGUACAAUGCCUUAUGUACGUGAUGAGCAGUCUCAGGUUUUUGACCUUCAAUUUGAUGGCAAUUAUUGGGCCACUGUCAACACUACGCACCUGUAUGAUACUGUUCCUUAUGGGGCAAUAUAUACUGUGAAAGCAAACAAUAAUAGCAUGUGUCUUGCUCAAACAAUGCCUAACCAAGUGCCAUUCAUAUCAGCACUUGAGCUCCGGAGCUUGCUUCAUGGCAUGUAUAGCCAAGCUGCUCCUAAUUAUGCUAUGUUCUUAAAUCUGAGGGUUGCUUAUCGUGCAAAUGACACUAUUAGCAUUAGGUAUGCCUGUAUAUGUGCCUGCUUCGAGUUCUAA